AUGGGAAAAGAACAAUACAAAGAUGCACCCUGUCAUUUUUUUUAUUAUUGGGUGGGAGAUAAUUUCCUGAAGAGUACAGGUAAUAGAGACUUGGAGGAUUUCAUGAAAGAAAUAUACGAAACGCUGAAAGAAGCUCCCUAUAAUCAUAAAUGUGAAAUUAAAUACGAUGCUGAUGUUAACUGGGAUCUCUUUAAACAGAUGAAGGAAGUAUAUGAUUUCUUCUAUGACUACUCUACCAUACAGAGCAAUGCACACCAAUAUGACACCAAAGAUGGUUCGGAAUAUUCAAAGUACCUGCGAAGAAUUAGUGGAGCAUGUAUUGUUGCAAAGGCGCAGUGUCCACAUAAACCGGAUCAUCCCUAUUGUGCAUGGUUUAAUGGGAAAAAGGGAAAAGAAGGGGAAGAUUACUGUGGUAAGGAACUAUCAGAACUAAGAACUAGAGCUAAACCAAAUCCAAAUCCAAAUCCAAAUCAAGCGGGCAGUUCAGGCAGUUUUUCCGAUAGUGAGGACUGCAAAUUGGAGAAUUUCCCUUCAAAAGAAAAGUACAACAGAUUUGACGUGGGUGUGAAAUGCUCUGAGGAAGAUAUGAUAUGGAAGAGAGGAGGAACCGUGGAGACUAAUGUGAAGAAUGCAUUGAAACCUUAUGGAAAGAUUGGAGGGCAUAUUGAUAACAUUGUUAAUGCCUGGUGUUACGUAUAUAAUGGGAGAAACGGAAGAAAUAUGAAUGGUCCUGUAUAUGACCUUUUCUAUUAUUGGUUAGGGAAUAAAGUAUGGGGAAGUGUAAGCCACAGUAAUCCAUUUUCAAAAAUUAUGGGUGAAAUCUACGGUGCCCUGGGGAGCGCGCUUACCGCUAUUGAUCGUGGACUCAUAUGCACUGAUAUUACCCAAGAACAUUUCGGUCCAAUGAAAACACUAUUUGAUUAUUCUCUUGAUUAUGCAACUAUAGAGGGGUGCAUAGGAAAAUCCCAGACUUCCGGGUCUAAUUGUACUGAAGGAUAUUCCGAUUACCUGCAAAGAGCUGCCGAAGCAUAUGAAAAAAUGGAGGACUAUUGUGGACCAGGUAAAAAUUUAAAGGGGAUAUGUUGUACUUAUUUUAAAAAAAUUUCCAAUAAGAGUGAUGGCAGCAAUAUUCCAAAACCAUCAGAAUUGAAAUCUAAAUUAGACCACGUACAGAAACCUACAGUGCUGGAAGCAGAAACAAUAUCCCCCCCCACCACCACCUCCAACACUCCUGCUGCUGUCUCCAGCGCAGCUGCAUUAAUUGGAAUUCCAGCACUGGCAUUCUACCUAUAUAAGGUAAUUAGCAUUAUACGCACACAUUUUAAAAUAUAUGAAUAA